UUUAGUCUUUUUAACGAAAUUCAUUCAUCCAUAUCCUUGAAAUCAAAUCAUUAUGGCAAAAUCCAUGCAGUCUCAUGUGUGGCCUCGAAAAUCGUCACUAACAACAUCUCACACAUUGAUCCUCACCAUACUUGUCACAUUCACCUUCCUCAUUCUCAUUCUAUUAGCUUUCUCUAUUCCUAAACCAAACCACCUUAAUUUCAUCUCUCGUAAUGCCCAGAGAAGCAAAGACAAAGACUCCAGUGAAGUAGAGCGAAUUUGGUUUGAAGUCAUAUCAUGGGAGCCUAGAGCAUUUAUGUAUCAUAAUUUUCUGACAAAGGAGGAAUGUGAACAUCUAAUGAAUAUAGCAAAGCCAAGUAUGCAGAAGUCGGCUGUUGUUGAUAAUGAGACAGGAAAGAGUUUAAUAACCAGUAUACGGACAAGCUACGGAACUUUUAUCGAGAGAGGACAUGAUAAAAUUGUUUCCAAUAUUGAGAAAAGAAUUGCACAAGUUUCUCUUAUACCUAUAGAGCAUGGUGAAGGGCUUCAAGUUCUCCAUUACAAAGUUGGACAAAAAUAUGACACACAUGGUGACUUCUUCAUGGAUAACUUUAGUGUUAGGCAUGGGGGUCAACGUAUUGCAACAAUGCUAAUGUACCUCUCAGAUGUUGAAGAAGGAGGUGAAACUAUGUUCCCAUAUGCUAAUAGAAAUUUUAGCUCUGUGCCAUGGUGGAAUCAACUUUCUGAUUGUGGAAAGUUAGGACUUUCAAUUAAGCCAAAGAUGGGCGAUGCUUUACUUUUCUGGAGUAUGAAUCCUAAUGCAACUUUGGAUCUAUCCAGUGCCCAUGGUAGCUGUCCUGUAAUUAAGGGUGAUAAGUGGUCAUGUGCCAAGUGGAUGCAUACUGAUAAAAUGAUUAAUUGAGGCUUGCAAGAGUUCAUGCAAGGUUAAUAUUAUGUAAAAUGAAUUGUAGAGUUUAUGCUUCCAAGUAUUGUUUAAAACAUGUUGUUGGAUUUAAUUAAUUUGAAUUUUAUAUUAUACUUCA